AAAAAAAUAGUGUGCCGAAUUAAAAUAAUUCUUUUAGCUGUGAUUAAUUAAUUGCACAGAUUAAUAGUGUGAUUGGAUUUAAUUUAACUUUAACUCAUAAUUUUUUUUAAUUUUAAAAAAUGAAUUUUGUAAUCGAUAAGUCGUGUUUAUUUUCUGUGAUUUUUUUCAUUGUGGUGGUAAACGUUUGUAAAUCAAGAGAAAUUCCUGAAUUCUUGCAUAUAUGUAAAAAUACAGGCGAUGCUGCACAAGAAGAAUGUAUUGGUCAAUCAGCAAUGUUCUUAAGGACAUACUUAGCAAAAGGAAUUCCUGAAUAUAAUCUUCCAAGUUUAGAACCAUUAUAUAUGGAUGAAUUAAUAGCAUCGGAAAAUAGCGCGGGUUUAAAAAUUACAGCGAAUAAAGUAAAAGCAUAUGGGGCUAGUGAUUUUUAUGUGUCCAAAGUAAAAGUCAAUAACGAGAAGCAAACUUACGUUGGUGAUGUAGAUCUCCCACAUUUGUAUAUUGAGGCUGAUUAUGGACUUGAUGGCCGUAUUUUACUUAUUCCUAUUCGUGGUAGUGGUCCAUUAUUUGGAAAUUUAACAAAUUGUAAAGGGCGAGUUUCAGUUCAAGGUGAAUUAUAUGAACUAGAUGGAGUAACAAAAAUACGUUUUACAUCAUUAAAUUUGAAAAUUAAAGUUGGAAAUGGUAACAUUAAAUUGGAAAAUUUAUUUGGCGGUGAAAAGGUCUUAGGUGAUGUUGUAAAUGGCGCUAUAAAUUCCAAUUUUGAUGCAUUUUUAAAAGAGUUAUUACCUGUAAUUGAAAAAGCAUUAUCAAAAGUAUUUUUAGAUAUUGCGAAUAAUGUGGUGGAACCAUUUACGUACGAUCAGCUAUUUCCAAAGUAAUAUUUUAGGAAUUAUUGAUACCAUAAAAGUAUUACAUAAAAACAUUUCCGUCCAAUUAAUAUACAUUUUCAUAUUAAUAUUACACAAAAAAAAAAAAUGUUAUUUGUGGAUUACUUUUAAUUCGAAAAAUUCUGUUAACACUAUUG